AGAAAGACUCCUUCAAAAAAUUCCCUGGAAGUGUGUGGCAACCGCAUACUGUGGAGCUGGAAGUGGCCUACAGAUCACUGACUCACAGUUUUGCUGUUUUGUGGAAUUUUCUAUAAACUAUUUUUAGCUCUCUGCCAUUCCUCGUGACAUUGCUUCAAAGAUACACGCUCACAACAAUCACUUCUCUAUUCAAAUUCCUCCCUCCCUCCCUCCCUUGCCUUGAACUCUUACUCUUUUUCACAUCUUGGUACCUCCGCCUCUCUCUUUUGAUCUCGGUUUUCUCUUCUAUUUUCCUUGUUCUAAUUCGUACCUGUGUAACUCUGGUACCAUUAGGUGUGGAGUACAAAAAUAAUCCUGCCUUUUCACUUUGAUUCUACACACAAUGUCAUAUGUCUUUCCAUUUUAAGAUUCCAAUAUCCUUGGAUCUUAAUUUACUCAUUGCAUAUUUUCUGUGAAGCAUAAUCUGGGUCAUUAAUUUCUUGGUUAGUUCAGCAAUGGAUUCUUGCUGCGCGGCCCUGAGGGUUGCUGCCAAUGCUCUAGAUGUCAAUAGAGGUACUCCUUUUUGCGGAGAGAGUAUUAACCGAAGCCUAAAAGCCAAGAAAUUUAGUGCGCAGAUGAAAAAUUUGAGAACAGAAAAUGGUAAGCGUAUUAAGACGGUCAAGCCUGUAGUCACCUACUCUGUUCUCACGUCAGAUUUUAACCAAGAGACCCUAACAUUUGAUACACCAGUUUUUGAAACACCAAGGGCAGACCCAAAAAAAGUAGCUUCGAUCAUAUUGGGUGGAGGUGCUGGGACACGCCUCUUUCCUCUUACAAGUAAACGAGCCAAGCCAGCGGUUCCAAUUGGAGGAUGUUACAGGCUGAUUGACAUUCCAAUGAGUAACUGCAUUAAUAGUGGUAUAAGGAAGAUUUUUAUUAUGACACAGUUUAACUCCUUCUCACUCAAUCGUCACCUUGCUCGUACGUAUAACUUUGGAAAUGGUGUUAAUUUUGGAGAUGGUUUCGUGGAGGUUCUGGCUGCCACUAAAACACCAGGAGAGGCAGGAAAUAAGUGGUUUCAAGGAACAGCAGACGCUGUCAGGCAAUUCAUAUGGGUCUUUGAAGAUGCAAAGAACAAGAAUGUGGAGAAUGUAUUGAUAUUGUCUGGUGAUCAUCUUUACCGGAUGGAUUAUAUGGAGUUUGUGCAGAAGCAUAUUGACUCGGGUGCAGAUAUUACUGUUUCCUGUGUACCCAUGGAUGACAGCCGCGCAUCGGACUAUGGACUAAUGAAGAUAGACAACACUGGACGCAUCAUCCAAUUCGCUGAGAAACCUAAGGGUCUUGACCUGAAAGCAAUGCAAAUUGAUACCAAGCUUCUUGGAUUAUCGAAGCAAGAUGCUUUACAAUAUCCUUACAUUGCAUCAAUGGGCGUUUACGUGUUUAGAACUGAGGUCUUAUGUAAGCUUCUUAGAUGGAGUUAUCCAUCAUGCAUUGACUUUGGGUCUGAAGUUAUUCCAUAUGCUGUGAAGGACCACAAUGUCCAGGCAUAUUUGUUCAAUGAUUAUUGGGAAGAUAUCGGGACUAUAAAGUCAUUUUUUGAUGCUAAUUUGGCCCUGACAGAACAGCCACCAAAAUUUGAAUUUUAUGAUCCAAAGACACCAUUCUUCACUUCUCCUAGAUUCUUGCCACCUACAAAAGUUGAUCAAUGCAGGAUUGUAGAUGCCAUAAUUUCACAUGGCUGCUUCUUGCAAGAAUGUAGCAUUAAGCAUUCUAUAGUUGGUGUACGUUCAAGAUUAGAGAGUGCUGUUGAGCUUAUGGAUACUAUGAUGAUGGGUGCAGAUUACUAUCAAACUGAAUCUGAAAUUGCCUCUCUACAAGCAGAAGGAAAGGUUCCCAUUGGUGUUGGGCAGAAUACCAAAAUCAGGAAUUGCAUCAUUGACAAGAAUGCCAAGAUUGGAAGAGGUGUAGUCAUCACAAAUGCUGAUGGUGUUCAAGAAGCAGAGAGGCCAGAAGAAGGAUUUUAUAUUAGAUCUGGGAUCACGGUUAUAAUGGAGAAUGCAACAAUUAACGACGGAACCAUUAUCUAAGAAUCAUUGAAAGGGCUUCCUAUUCGAAUUCAGCCAGCAAUGGAGCUGACGAAGCACUUAAUCUAACAUCUUAACUCGGUUGCGUCGAGCCCGAAUCAAUAAUGAUUAUAUAUGUAAAUUAUAUGUUCCUUCUACGAGUGACAGAACAUCAUCCUGUAAAAGGCGGUGGUCUAACCUCUUAGAAUAAUCAAAGCGCUAAGCUUUCUUUAUAUAGAUAGAUGGUUUCAAUAUUCAUACAUGACACUGGGAAGGCACAUAUUACAAAUAAUGCAAGUAAUGAAUUAACAAUUCUGUCGA